AUGCUGGAUCAUCAGCACCCAGCAUUAUCGAAGCCCCGACACGAUAUCAACUCGUAUACUCUUGGCUCCAUCGGGCCUCACAACAUUGCCAUUACAUGCUUACCAAAGGGUAUGAUUGGGAAUAUCCCAGUAGCAACGGUUGCUAGUCAUCUCGUCACUACCUUUCCCUCUAUCAAAGUCGGUCUUAUGGUAGGUAUUGGUGGUGGUGUACCAUCCAACAAGGUCCGGCUGGGAGAUGUUGUGGUCGGUACGCCCUCUGGUGAUUAUCCAGGGGUAGUGAAUUGGGAUGCUGGCAAGGUACAUGGCCAGGGGAAGUUCGAACGAACUGGAUCACUUAACAAUCCACCUCAGUCACUGCUGGCGGCUCUUACACAGCUAGAGACGCAACACAAUCUGGUCGGAACUAAGAUACCAGAUUAUCUCGGAGAACUGAAACAGAAAUGGCCAAAGCUUGCCGCUGCAUCUCUACGCAACGAGUCUCUCAAAGACUUACUAUUCAAGUCAUCCUAUGAUCAUGUUGAAAGCACGAUUUGCAACACGGAUGAUGAAGAUGUAGAUGAGAGCGAGGAUGAAGAGCAGGACCCUUGUCAGUUCUGUGACAGAUCCAUGAUUGUGAAGAGGAGAGACAGACAGAUGUGCAUUCACUAUGGUCUAAUUGCAUCAGGCGACAAGCUAAUCAAAGAUGCUUCAUCACGGAACAAACUCAACAAAGAUCUUGGGGGCCAUGUCCUCUGUGUCGAGAUGGAAGCUGCAGGUCUUGUGAAUCAAUUUCCCUGUCUUGUCAUACGGGGCAUAUGUGACUAUGCCGACUCACACAAGAACAAGGAAUGGCAGGAACAUGCUGCAGUUGUAGCCGCGGCUUUUGCGAAGGAGCUAUUACAGUAUGUGCAGCCAACUGAUGUGGAUGGCGAGCGUCCUCUGAAAGAUCUUUUGAACGAUGUCCGCCUGCUUCUCUCCGAAACACGCAAAGAUGUCGUUGAGAUUAAAGCCAACCAGAGUAGAAAGGACGAUAUAAAGGUUCUCGACUGGCUCACAACAGUCGACCACGGCUUGCAACAAAGCGAAUUCCAAAAGGUUCAAGCGCCAGGAACUGGCAGUUGGCUUCUCGAAGCCACUGAAUACCAAAAUUGGGCCAAGACACCAGGGCAAACUCUCUUUUGCCAAGGCUCAGAGCUCUGGGGCGACUCUGCAGGCGGUUUAUCAUACAUCUUCUGCAACUUCCAAAGGCAGGAUCAACAAACCAGUGAUGGCCUACUCUUAUACGCGCUCGACGAGUACGGGAAUGCUCCCGGUGCAAGAGAGUCCUUUCUCAUGGGUCUUGCUCGACUACAGUUUCUUUUGGCACGGAUAUAUUCGAAAUUGCUCAGCUACAAAGUUUCCGAAACAGAGAUACGAAACCAGUUAGCCAUGUUCAAGCGAGGUAGUAGGAAGGGCAAUGCUAAAGCCUUGUCCGAUGCUUACGAGCAAACAAUGACCAGGAUUGAAUCCCAGGCACCAGACCACGCGAUCCUAGCUAAAAGAGUUCUCCUUUGGCUUACAUACGCGAGAAGUCAGUUGACCAUUGAGGAUCUGCGGUACGCACUUGCUACAAGAUCCAAACACCGCAUGGUUUGCCCACAAGAUCUACCUUUCGAGUCCACCAUGAUCUCUGUCUGUGCUGGACUUGUGUCUUUUGAUGAGUCUAGUAAGAUCAUCCGGCUUGUUCAUUUUACCGCCCAAGAAUAUCUUAUCCAGAACCCCCACGAGUUAUUCCCGUUGACGGAACAAGACAUUGCAAGGACAUGUAUGGCACAUCUAUGGGUUAGCGAGAAUGAACGUUAUCGUUUCCUCGUGGCUGAGAACUCAAAUCAGCAGACAGAACUUAGAUACGGUUUUCUCAACUUUGACCUCGCUACCAGAUCCUCGUAUCCAUUGUGGUGGUACAGCGCUGUCAAUUGGGGACACCACGCGCGCGAUUCCUCGAUUUCGAGCCGCGAGCUCAUCAAAUUCUUGGAUGAUGAAGCGACGGUCAGUCUGGCCAUGAGAAAUGCGCUCCGCAGAUUCACACUCGGUUACUUUUAUAUGAGACACAUUCAUAUAGCGGCAUACUUCGGCCUGGCUGAGCUAGUGGAUAAUCUCCUUGAUAUGGGGACAGAGGUAGAUUCAGGGGACCGGACUGGGAGGACUCCUCUAUCAUAUGCGGCUGAGCAGGGUCAUGGUGCCAUCAUCGUAUUGCUUCUCGAGAGGGGGGCAAGAGUGGAUUCUCAAGAUAGCGAAGUUUUUCUCAGGUGGCAUUAUUAUAAUGAGAAUGCAGGACGCACUCCAUUGUCAUUUGCUACAGAGCAUGGGCACGAAGCUGCAGUUCGUAUCUUGAUUGGCAAUGGGGCUUCUUCUUCGGUAAGGUCCAGGUCUGGACGCACACCACUGUCUUAUGCUGUUGAGAACGGGCGAGAGGGUUUGGUCAGGCUGUUCCUCGAUACGGAACGUGGUGAUAUCAGCCCUGAAUUAGGCCGUGCGGUCGAAAAUGAACAUGAGGCUAUUGUACGACUGUUGAUUAAGAAUGGCGCCGAGAUCGACUACUCAACAACCUUAAUGUUCACACCAAUACUUCAUGCAACACGCGCCAAUAACGAAGCCAUCGUCCGGCUGCUACUGGAAAAUGGAGCGAACCCAGAUCCUCUUCACAGUAUGUCGACACCGCUUUUGUCUGCAGCAGUAAGAGGGUACGAUCAUAUUGUGAGACUACUUCUCCAGACUGGGAGGGUCGAGAUCGACCGACCGGAUCGAUUCGGGCGCACGACCCUGUCCCAUAUGGCACAACAUGGAUGUACAACUACAGUGAGGACACUGCUUGAUAUGGGGGCCAACCCUAACACUGAGGCAAAGGCGACAUUCAUUGGAGCCCAAUUCUACAAUGGAAGAACACCGCUUUCGUUUGCAGCAGAACAGGGGCAUUUGGCGAUCGUUGAGCUUCUCAUUACAAGGGGGGCAACGGUUGGUGCAACAUCUACUGGCCAAGUCGAGAGUACCAGACUGACACCAAUUUCAUAUGCGGCGAGGAACGGGCACGGGCUUGUGAUUGGAACUUUAGUGGAAAUCGGUCAAGCUGACCCGGACUCCCCUGAUUCCAACGGCAGAACACCUCUCUCUUAUGCUACAGAAAGAAAUAUGCCGUUUGUUGUCAGACUUUUGCUGGUAAAGUACAAGGCUGACCCCGUUCAUAUGGAUAAAGAUGGGAACACACCUCUUUCAUAUGCUGCCAAAAAGGGUCAUGUUAGUGUAAUCCGUGAGCUGCUGGAAACGGGUAAGGCUGGGCCGGACUCAGUUGAUGGCUGGGGCCUCACGCCGCUUUGCCAAGCUGCACUAUGGGGGAACAAAUUUGCUGUGCUUUUGCUAAUCGAAAAGGGAGCGAAUGCUGGAUAUGUUAUUCCUACAGGAGAAUGGAAAGGACAAUCAGCUUUGGCAAUUGCUGCAAGAUAUGGGCAUCAGGCGAUAGUGGACAUUCUAUAA